CUAGAAAAUGUUGUAGUCCUAUCUUUCUUCUCACCUAAACCAAUAAUUGGACAAUCUGAACACAGAAAUCUACAACAGUGUCAACGUUGAAGAAUCUGGCAGACGACACCCACGAUAGUUUUCAUCACAGUCAUUCCAUCAACUCUAAAGGGGAAGAGGAAGAUGAAAACAUGCUGGGAGCAAAUAAUUCUCACCAUGGCCACUCCCAUCAUAGUCACACUGGAGACGUCAAACAUCAAUCCAUCGCGGCCAUUGCCUGGAUGGUUAUUUUAGGAGACGGUAUUCACAAUUUCAGCGAUGGUCUGGCAAUCGGUGCUGCAUUCGCUAACUCUAUUACUGGUGGAAUCAGUACGUCUAUUGCUGUACUCUGUCACGAACUUCCUCAUGAAAUAGGAGAUUUUGCAGUAUUACUACGAGCUGGUAUGAAUAUGAGACAAGCUGUGAUGUACAACUGUGUAUCUUCUAUACUGUGUUUUAUCGGCAUGUUGAUUGGGGUGGUGCUUGGAAAUAUCAACGAAGCCUCAUUAUGGAUAUUUGCGUGUGUGGGUGGAAUGUUUUUAUAUAUUGCUCUAGUUGAUAUGCUUCCUGAAAUGACGUCAGUAGAAACGAAACACGGAGAGAAUCCGUAUUGUCAUCUGUUAUUCCAGUGUGCUGGAAUGAUUCUAGGGGCUGGAAUUAUGUUAAUUGUAGCCGCCUACGAACCAGACCUAUUAUCAGUACUUGAUAAUCAUUGAUAUACUCACCCUUAUCCAAUCUUUUACGGACCAAAACUCACAAUAUUACUUGGUGUCAGAAACAUCAUCCAGACUUAACAAUGCUUUCUCACAUAGACACAUCUUCACAAUGUACUGCGUCUUAUACCUUGACUACAAUAGCCACCUUGCUUGUAUCACCAUCUUCACAAUCUCAAACUAUUACAAACUUCAUCUUCACAAUUUCAAGCUAUUACAAAGUUCUUCUUAUACCUUGACUACAAUAGCCAGCUUUCUUGUAUCAAGAAAUGCAGCAAUUUGAUAGGAUUGUAAGUUAGUUAAUACAGCCAAUCAGAGUUCUCUACACAAGGUCUGUAAACACUAAGCCAUAAUGUUUACAGUCUUUCUGUAGAGGACUCUGAUUGGCUGUAUU